AGGUCAGUGAGACCGCCACCCUUCCCUCCCCUCCCCUCACUCCCCCUCCCCCUGCCUCUCUCUGUCCGGGUUACCCUACCUCCGCUCCUCCCACCCAUAGCUGGAGACAGAGAGAGAAAGUGAGGGCAGGGUUUGGCUGGUAGAUGCGCGAGUAGCGGUGUCGAGGCCAAGAAGGGGAAUGGGAGGCGACGGGAGGCCCAACGACGCCGCCGGCGGCGGCGGCCACCCGCACCAGUUCCAGUACCAAGCUCUCCUCGCCGCCGUGCACACGCAGGGCCCCAACAACACACUCCCCUUUCCCCUUCCCCCCCUCAAUGGACCUGGAGCUGAUUCACCCACAAACACUGCUGCUCGCCAGCCUCCGACGCCGAGAGGAUUCUCCGAUUGGAGCGCGUCUACCAGCGCGUUCACAUCACUCGUGCAGAACCCUCCUUCCUCCAACGCUGCCAAUGCAUACCAUUACAGCCUAUCCCCGUGCUAUGCUUUCUGGACGCAUUACAUGCUUAACAAGAAUGCAUAUAGCUACUAUCCUGCACCUAAUCAGGAGCACGGGCACCCUUUCUACCAUGAUAGCAACCAGGCUAAAGAUCCAGGUUCUGUACCCAGCUUUGGUCUUGAGUCCUUUAGUACAACGUCCCUAGCACCAAACAUGUCGGCUCAUAUGCCUCCUAUGGAAAUGCCUCCCAUGGAAGGGCCCCUAUCUGUGAAAGAACCUGAAAUUUCAGAGGACGUGCCUGCUAGAGUAGUUAGAAUUAAGGACGAAAUGGAAACCAGACAUGGAGUUGAACUUAAAUGUGAAACAGCUGACACUCUUCCAGAGUUGAAGCAAGGACAUGAAAGUUGUACCACUAAAUUCAACUCCGGAGAAUACCAAGUUAUUUUGCGCAAGGAAUUGACGAAGAGUGAUGUUGCAAAUGUUGGAAGAAUUGUGUUACCCAAGAAAGAUGCAGAAGCUAGUCUUCCACCAUUAUGCGAAAGGGAUCCUCUGAUACUGCAGAUGGAUGACAUGGUGCUCCCGGUUACGUGGAAGUUUAAGUACAGGUUCUGGCCCAACAACAAAAGCAGAAUGUACAUUCUGGAUUCUACAACUGAAUUUGUGAAGACACAUGGUCUUCAGGCAGGGGACACCAUCAUUAUCUACAAAAAUCCUGUCCCUGGCAAAUAUAUUGUCCGUGGGGAAAAGGCCAUUCAGCAGACAUUGAACCACUAGAGUAUGCGGAUGCGAUUGCGACUGCGUCAGUGAAGGCAUUUCAAGCGAGCAGUGUGGGUUUACCAUAAGUUCGCAAUCCAAGAGAACUCAGACGGAGUUGAGCCUGCUAAGGAAUUCAUGACAGCCUGACUUGUUAACCGGGGAGUGAAUGGGAAGAUCUUGAAUGUGUUGGCGAAGAGCUCAGCACGACAUCUGAGUUUGGGGAAACCUCAUGCGUCUUUUUGCUCGUCUUUCUUCUAAUUGAGUUGUAUUUGCAAACUUGUGUUCUACCUUCAGAAUAGCAUUUGCCGUUCUGUAAAUAUUUUUGGAUCCAUAAGAUAAAAUGAAGUGGCCUGGACGUUUGAACA